UUUCUGAUCGAAAUGACCCACAUUCUCACAGAUUACAUUCUAAAAGAAAAUGAUCGCGCAUCCAAAGUACUAGACUUCCACCAUCCUCACCAGCUCAGAGAAAUGAUGGACCAUUGUCUCGAUAUCGACGAGAAUCCACGAGAUUUGGAGCAGAUACUCAGUGAUUGUAAAGAAACUCUGAAAUACUGCGUCAAGACAGGCCACCCGAGAUUUUUCAACCAAUUGUCUACUGGUUUAGAUAUUAUAGGGGUAACUGGGGAAUGGUUGACGGCUGUUUCAAAUACAAAUAUGUUUACGUAUGAAGUAGCGCCUGUAUUUACAUUGAUGGAAGAGGUGAUUUUAAGACGAAUGAGAGAUCUGAUUGGAUGGCAGGAUGGUGACGGAAUCAUGGCACCAGGUGGAGCGAUAUCUAAUUUCUAUGGUGUUUUACUGGCCAGACAGAAAUAUCUACCCCAGGCCAGAUUAAAUGGUAUGUUUGGAUGUGGCGAACCAGUUAUUUUUACUUCAAAACAGAGCCAUUAUUCUAUCAAGAGGGCAGCUAUAUUACUGGGUAUUGGAGCUAAUAAUGUUAUUUAUGUAGAUUGUGAUCACAGGGGUAAAAUGAUGGUAAAAGACUUAGAAGAGAAGAUCGCUUCCAGUAAACGGAAUGGUAAAUUACCAAUCUUAGUCAACUGUAUGGCUGGCACCACGGUUCUGGGAGUCUACGACCCUUUAGAAGAAAUCGCAGACGUCUGUAAGAGAAAUUCCAUUUGGUUACAUGUAGACGGCGCAUGGGGUGGUUCAGUUCUAUUGUCACGUGAUCACAGACAUCUACUCAAUGGUGUAGAAAGGGCUGACUCAAUGACGUGGAAUCCACAUAAAAUGAUGGGAGUACCGUUACAAUGUUCUGUUAUACUUACUAAACAUAAGAAACUGUUAGCAGAAGCGAACCAGAGUAAUGCCGACUAUUUAUUCCAGAAGGAUAAGAACUAUGACGUCACGUAUGAUACGGGAGAUAAAACUAUACAAUGUGGACGACAUAAUGAUAUUUUUAAAUUGUGGUUAAUGUGGCGAGCCAAGGGCGAUCAGGGAUUUGAAGAACAGAUCAGCAAAAAUUUUGAACUAGCGCAGUACACAUUAGAAAAAGUACAAAAUCGAGAUGGUUUUCAUGUUAUAUUGGAUAAGUUAGAAGCUCCUAAUGUCUGUUUCUGGUACUUACCACUAAAAUGGCGCCAACAAUCUCCGUCUGAUAUUAAUGCCAAGGAACUCAACAAGAUAGCACCGCAGAUCAAAGCUCAAAUGAUGGAAUCGGGAACAAUGUUGGUCCAAUAUCAGCCUCUGGGAGAUCUUCCCAACUUUUUCCGGGUGGCCAUCUCCAACCCUGUUAUUACCACGAGAGAUAUAGAUUUUAUGAUUGAUGAAAUAGACUGUAUUGGACGGGAUCUGUAA